UCCUUAUCACCUUGCGUAUAGAAAAGCUUGCCAUUUACUUGUACAACUGGAGCUCAGCCCAACCCCCGGUAACUGAUUGAAGGUCAAGGGAAAUAGAAAAAGGAGAAAUCGACUCAAGUACGGUGAGUUCCAGAUUUACUCCGUGCACCCUUCUUCCUCUUCCAUUCCAACCCCCCCCCCCCCAAAAUUUUCAAUUAACAAUCCCUAAAAUCAAACACCUGAUCUCUUCGAUUUCGUCUCUGGACAAAGAACAAAGCAAAGAAACGCGGCAAAUUAGACUUCGUUAGUCUCGCAAUCGUGCCCUAACUCAAUUUCAAGCUCCCUAGCUUCCAAUUUUUUGCUUCCGUCCAGUGGAUCAACCUUGGGCUUCAUUGCAAUUUGAAUGGUUUGAGGGGCUUUCAGAAGCUUGUUUCUGGAUAUAGAGUAAUGGGAAGCAGCGAGAUGGAUAAAGCUGCGAAAGAAAAGGACCCAAAGACACCUCCAGCUUCACAUGAGGCAUCUUCAACCGCUAACACGGGUACCGUAAAUGCGGACUGGUCUGGGUUUCAGGCUUAUUCUCCCAUUCCUCCACAUGGUUUCUUGGCAUCAAGUCCCCAAGCUCCCCCAUAUAUGUGGGGUGUUCAGCAUAUCAUGCCUCCCUAUGGUACCCCAUCACAUCCUUAUGUUGCAAUGUAUCCUCAUGGUGGAAUAUAUGCACAUCCAUCCCUUCCUCCAGGAUCUUAUCCUUUUAGUCCUUUCGCUAUGCCUUCUCCAAAUGGUAUUGCUGAGGCAUCUGGAAACACUCCUGGAAGCACGGAAAUGGAUGGUAAGCCUCCUGAAGUGAAGGAAAAGUUGCCUAUUAAAAGAUCAAAAGGGAGUUUAGGCAGUUUGAACAUGAUUACCGGAAAGAACAGUAAUCUUGGUAAAACAUCAGGGGCCUCUAACGGAGUUUCUAAAAGCGGUGGAAGUGGAGGUACAAGCGAAGGCAGUGAUGCAGACUCCCAGAAUGAAUCACAAUUGAAGUCUGGAGGUGGAAAAGAUUCUGAAGAAGGUGAAGGAUCUCAGAAUGGAUGUCCUAAUUCAGGCCAUUCAAUAGUGAAUACAGCAAUGGCCACUGUACCUACAACUACUGGGGCAGCCACAGCUGUUCCUGGUCCAACAACUAACUUACAUAUUGGGAUGGACUAUUGGGGGACGCCAGCUUCAUCUAAUGUUCCUGGAAUGCAUACAAAGGUUUCUUCGACCCCAGUUGCAGGAGGAAUUGUAACCGCUGCAUCGCGGGACAGUGUUCAGUCUCAGCUUUGGUUACAGGAUGAGAGGGAGCAUAAAAGACAGAGAAGGAAGCAAUCAAACAGAGAGUCUGCUCGGCGAUCAAGGUUGCGUAAGCAGGCGGAAUGUGAUGAGCUGGCUCAGCGCGCUGAAGCCUUAAAGGAAGAGAAUGCCCAACUUAGAUCAGAAGUCGGUCGUCUCAAAAGCGAGUAUGAGCAGCUUCAUGCAGAGAAUGCAUCUCUCAAGGAGAGGCUAGGGGAAGUUCCUGUGCACGAGGAACGACAUAGAAAUAAUGAUGAACAAACGGAGACGGUGCAUGGUAGCCAUUAGGUUUCAUACACCCUGUUUAAUGCCUGCUCCAGGAGCAUAACCUAACCAAAUUAGCUACAUAAAGUUUUUAUUUCUGUAAUGCAUGUUUCAAAGCUGAUCUUGAUAGUCAUUAGGUUCCCUAUCUCCCUAUAAUCCUUCACCAGUGAUUUGGCUUGUCUUUACGGUUAAAGCCUUAGGAUGUUAUGUAGAUUUGACAUUAUGUGAUAGCUUUCUCUAUUGAAAGAAGGGUAUACAGU